AUGGCUGGCAUGGACAGUGAGGGCAAGGACAGUGAGGGCAUAGACAGUGAUGGCAUAGACAGUGAUGGCAUAGACAGUGAUGGCAUAGAUAGAGGGGGCAUGGACAGUGGGGGCACCGACAGUGGGGGCAUGGGCAGUGGAGUCAUGGGCAAUGGAGGCAUGGACAGUGGGGGCAUGGACAGUGAUGGCAUAGAUAGAGGGGGCAUGGACAGUGGGGGCACCGACAGUGGGGGCAUGGGCAGUGGAGUCAUGGGCAAUGGAGGCAUGGACAGUGGGGGCAUGGACAGUGAUGGCAUAGAUAGAGGGGGCAUGGACAGUGGGGGCACCGACAGUGGGGGCAUGGGCAGUGGAGUCAUGGGCAAUGGAGGCAUGGACAGUGGGGGCAUGGACAGUGAUGGCAUAGAUAGAGGGGGCAUGGACAGUGGGGGCACCGACAGUGGGGGCAUGGGCAGUGGGGGCAUGGAUAGUUCUGGGGCAGCACCCGUGAGAGGCUAG